AUGGUGGUUUGGGUGCAAUUUCCAGGUUUCCCUGUGCACUUUUAUCACAAAGAAAUUUUGUUCUCGAUGGGAAACAUGAUUGGCAGAGCUAUCAAAUUGGAUUACCACACGCUACACCAACAGCGAACCAAAUUUGCAAGGAUAGCAGUGGAGGUGGAUUUGUCCAGACCUCUUGUGCCUCGGAUCCGCCUUGACGGGAAAUGGCAGCCAGUCGAGUAUGAAAAUGUCCCGGUGGUUUGUUUUGAGUGUGGAAGGAUUGGGCAUGCUCAGGCUUCUUGCCCCAGCCUUCAUUCUACCGCUCCGGCCACAAACCUCCCGGACGCCGGAGGAGAGUUGAUCGUCGGCGACAAAGGUGACUCAUUGGAGCCUAACGGCGGCUUUGGACCAUGGAUGAUAGUCUCGAGAAAUUCUCGGCGCAAUCAGAGGGCUACACCUAACAAAGGAAAGACGACUGAGGAGAAUACCGUUGGCAACGUUCCAGCCUUGGGCCAUUCCGGGAAAGUAGAGAAGAAGAUCUUGACAAAGACGACUGACUUGCCUUUUUCGGACUCCAAACCGCGGCAGCCGGAACCACCCAAAUCACAAGGAAAGAAUAUGAGAGAGAUGGGGAAAGAUGGUGGAGGUUCUAAAAAUGGAAAGGUGAACGGGGAACAGAAGAAAGGAAAGGAUGGUGGCGGAAAAAAAAGGGACAAGGGGAUUGCUAACCCCAAUGGCACUAACAAGGGAGGGAGCAUUUUGGGCCCACGACCUGGGCUUUCUUUGGAUUCAUCUGGAGCUUCCUCUUCACAUAAUAGUAGCCUGCUCCCUCAACUAAAUAAUGAUGGCGAGCCCACUCAAUCAAGCCCAGCAAGAUGCAAAGUUCUCAGUAGCCCAACCCACAUCGUCAAAGGAGCUAAUGGGACUACUAUGCGUAUUGUUGAGGUUGCUGACUACCCUUCCCCAUCUCGAGAUAAUGGGAUAAUGACCCCGUCGACGGUGGCGCGCACUAAGCAGCGGAGGAACAAGGAUGGAGGAAUAGGAGAGGGGAUUCAAGCACAGUCUAAGAAGGGCACCUCUAUUAAGCAUAACCCCUCGAAAUCUCUCCAGAUUUGA